AUGUUCGACCCCGUUCUUCAGGCGGAGAUGGAUGCCUAUUAUUCCACAGCCCCGGACGAAAGUGACACCUUCGAGACCCAUGUGAUUUCGACGAUCCACCUCAGCAGGAACGAUCACCACUUUUCAGAAUUCCUCUUUGAGAUCAUCCUCUUUGAACUUGCAGCUACCAUCCCUUCCACAAAGGCCUCACACUCGGUUCGCAUCGAUGCCAUCCACUGGGCCGUCAAGAUCGCUCAGGGGUUCAUUCGCUCCUAUGGACUCGACUCCAAGGCUUCAGAGACAGAGCCGGCCCCCAUGUACGAACUCUAUGUCGCCACAGCACCCUAUGCGCCUACGGUUGAGGACUGCUAUCAUUACCUGGUGGACGAGUGGCGAGUCGGGCGGUUGUUUACCAAGGCUGUAGGGCUGGAUCGUACUUCGACAUUGCCCUCGUCCAAGAUCCCGACGAAUGUUACUAUUCCAGCGCUCACCCAGGAAGACCGAGAACAUUUCCAGCGACAGUAUGCCAAGAUUCGACCGGAAUUUCAGGAUCGAUUUGCGACGAUCGUCUACGCCUGCAGGAAAUAUGUCUGGAAGAACAAUGGCUCUGGCGGCGAGGUUGUCUUCUUGUCCAACAAGGAACUCUAUGCGGUCGAAAAGUACACCAAGAAGUUUAACGCUGACUACAAGCGAAAAAUUGCUGAUGCAGCGGCAGCCGAGUUGAUCUCUAGCGACCGGGCGGCAAACUCGGGAUCCCCUUCGCCUUCCAACAACGCCGGGGAGGGGUCUUCGAGCAAAAACGCCAAGAAGAAGGCAAAGAAGAAGGCCAAGAAGUCUGCUGCAGCGCAGGAAGAGCAGGAUGGUGAUGCCGACACCCCUUCGAAUUCAACCACAUCACAACCUUCGCUCGCCAAGGCUAAACCUUCCGUUGCAACACCACCACCACCACCAUCAUCAUCAGCAGAGGAACUGGAGGUGGAGGAGGUCGUGGACAAGGAGUUCGAGGCGAUGCUCAAGAGAGUCCGGGCGAUCUUUGUCGAUAUGCAGUUUUCUGGAGAUGACCCUAUGAUGAUGUUCAACAAGGCACAUGAGUGGCAGUCGGCGCAGAUCAACUUACUCAACACCAUCUCCGAUAACCACAGCCAGGCAGAGAGGAACCGACUCAAGGCGAUCGAGAAGGCUCGGCGGACUGUCAUGGCUGCUUACAAGACUCGCCAGGAUCAGGAGCGGUGGAUCCCAGCAUCGAUUAAACGUGUCUGUGAGGCCUCUGUUGUCUAUAACAAGGAGCGGGCUCGCCUGGAUGCAAAGCUGAAGGAUAUAAGGGUCGAUGCAGAAGUCAGGGGCAAGGGUUUCGCCAACAACUUCGGCACAAUGACAUCCAGUAUGAACGCGAGGGCCUCUCCUACCAAGAAGGCCAAGAACGCGGCUGCGGCAAAGUCCACAUCCAACACAGCCGGCAAAACCAAGAAGCCCGUCAAAGGCAAGGUCGAGGACACCCCCUACCUCAACUCGGAGGAUUAUCUUGAGCGACAACUCUUCCUCGAGACCAUCUCUAACAACUACCAGAAGCUUGCUGAGCGCAGGGACGAGGACAUUGAGCUCUUUUUGGACGAAUACAUUGCCGUUGUGCUUCUCAAGUCCUUAUCGACUGGCGCGUCUACGAUGCCGGUCCAUGUGGAACUCUGCACUCGUUUGGAGGAGGUGUGCAAGAAGGACAUCGAGAAUAACUGGAACUCUGCCUUGUCGACCCGGAGCAACCUUGGCUUGUUCCUGGACAGUAGUAUCUCCAAGGGGUUACUCGACAACGAGCAAUCCAACAUUAUCAUGGACGUAUAUGACGACAUCCAGAAGAAGAAGAAGAAGGAGCGUGACGAGAUCGACAAGAACGAGUACUCUCCACCCGCCGGCACGUUUUUCAACCACCACUUCGUCACGGCGGGUGACAGCGACAGUUUGAUCUCGGACAACGACGAGGAUUACUCUGGCUACGACUCGGAGGACCACGACCCUACGGACGACGACAUGCCGGACUUGGUGUCUGACGACGAGACUCGCGCCAAGGCAGCGCGCACCAAGACUCCAGCGAAACCCACCGCUCCAGGUAUCAAGGCUCAGGCGAAACCCACCGCUCCAGGUACCAAGACCCAGGCGAAACCCACCGCUCCCACUCUGACUGCGACCAGCGGCAAGGUUCCACAAGCACGCUCUGCCCCAGUCACCAACGGCAAAGCCGCCGCCAAGGGGGAACCGACGGAUGACGAAAUGCCAGACCUUGUCUCUGACGAUUUGCCGGAUCUUCUCACGGACCACAGCGAUGGAAACGAAAAGAGCAAUCGUGGAGUCAAUGGCGUCGCCAAGGGUAAGGGCAAGACCGGCAACAAGACCAACAGCAAGGCCAAGGGCAAGAAGAACGGUGCAAAGAGCGUCAAGAAGCCAGUGCCAGUCGAGGAACUCUCGUAUUCAUCCGACGGCGAAUCUACAGACGACAACAUGCCAGGUCUUCAAACGGACGAAGGGACGCGGUUCUUCCCGGUCAGCGACAGCUCCUCCGAGGACGAUGGUGACUGGACUGAUGAUGAGGAAAAUGGCGACUUGCCGGAUCUUCAGUCAGUUGAUGAUGAUGAUGAUGACGACACUGACGACGAACUCGCCACAAAAGCCGCUGUUGCUGCCCGCCUCACCAAAGUCGACGCUCCUCCAGUUGUCAAGGAUGUAAUUGCCGAGGCCAUGGAGCGCAUCAUCCAAUCCCAGAAGGAGAACCGCGCCGAGAAGGAGGCUAUGCGAGUUGCUCAACAGGUGGAGGCUUCGCGAACUCAAAUCCUCAAGCAGCGGGAUCGUCAGCAGCUGGCGGAGAAGACCGAGAAAUUGUCAAAGUCUUUGCUCGACCAAGCCGGCCGGACCCAAAUGCUCCAGAUCGCCAAGGACCACGCCUCGGAGGUUGCCAAGGAGAAGCACAUCCAGAAGAAGGCUUCAGAGGAUAAGGUCUGGGCGCAGAAAAAUAACGAGUACAUGACCGCCGUGGAAGCAGACCGAGUCGCCAAGGCCGAGGCCGAGAAGAAGGCGUUGGAGAAGUUGGAAGCCGAGAAGGUCGCUCAGUCCAAGGCCGAGAGACUUGUCAAGGAGAGGGUCGAGGCUGAACGGGUCGCGAAGGAGAAGGCUGAGCAACUCGCUAGGGUGAAGGCCGACGCUGAGCGGGUCGCCAAGGAGAAAGCCGAGCGACUUGCGAGGGAGAAGGCUGAAGCUGAUCGAAUCGCCAAGGAGAAGGCUGAAGCUGAUCGAGUCGCCAAGGAGAGGGCUGAGAGGCUGGCCCGGGAGAAGGCGGAGGCUGAUCGAAUCGCCAAAGAGAAGGCCGAGCGUCUUGCUAGGGAGAAGGCCGAGCGUCUUGCUAGGGAGAAGGCCGAGCGUCUUGCUAGGGAGAAGGCCGAGCGUCUUGCUAGGGAGAAGGCGGAGGCGGAUCGUCUUGCGCGCGAGAAGGCCCAAGCUGAAAAGAUUGCGCGUGAGAAGGCUGAGGCAGAGAGAGUCGCUCGCGAGAAGGCCGAGAGACUGGCCAGGGAGAAAGCGGAGGCCGAUCGAAUCGCCAGGGAGCGUGCUGAGGCCGAGAGAAUUGCCAAGGAGAAGGCUGAAGCUGAGCGACUUGCGAAGGAGAAGGCUGAGGCUGAACGACUUGCCAGAGAGCGUGCUGAGGCAGUGAAGAAUGCUCGAGAAGCUGCCGAAAAGCUGGCGAGAGAGAAAGUCGAGGGGGAUCGACUCGCAAAGAAGAAAGCAGAGGCCGACAGAACCGCCAGGGAGCAAGCCGAGGCGGAUCGAAUCGUGAAGGAGAACAUCGAGACUGAACGAAUUGCCAGAGAGCAGGCUGAGGCGGAUCGUAAGGCCAAGGUUGCUCGCGUGGAAAUCCUUCGCCAGAAUCUUCUCGACGCCAUAGAGAAGGAGACACAGAUGAUCGAAUCUACAAAGGACACUCUCAACAAAAUCAUCCUGGACCAGAGUAUGGCUAAGGAUUUGCACCUCAAAACAGAGGAGAUGAUGGCGAAGCAGGACGCCGAGUCGCAGGAGGCUAGAGCGAAAGCCUGGGCGGAGGUGAUGACUGUCUACGACAAAAUGUGGUUCGACAAAGAGGGCUUCCUAAAGGACGCCGAGAGCAACCGAGCUGAAGAGGACCGAAAAGCCCGCGAGGCGAGCAACGCCAGAGCGGCUCAGUGGGCGUCGAAUGUCGCCAAUUCUGACCGUGGAUUUGAGGCCCGAUUAGAUGCAGUUCGGGCCAUGAUUGAACCCCUGAGUAGGACACGCGAGGCCGCCCAGCAGGCGUUGAAUAACGCCGAGAAGGAGAUGAUGAGACCCACGUCGGCCUUAACGGAGCAGGUUUCAGAGUCUGGACCGGAUGCUGACACCAUCCGUGCCAUUGUCGACGGCGCACGGGCCGCAGAGGACGCUAGAGUCGAGGCCAAGCGGCUGAAGGCGGAGAAGACCAAGACCGCAGCUGAAGUCAAGGCAGAGUUGGCGAAACAGAAGGAGGAGGCGAAGCAGCAGAAGAGACUCGAGAGUCGAGAGAAGACACGCCUCAAGCAGGAGGCCGAGAAGGCGGCAAUCGAGUUGGCCAAGACUCUAGGUGAGCCUGUUCGAGUGCCGACUAACCCCGGCGACUUUUCGUACAACUGGCAGUCUAUCAAAUUUGACCUUCCUCUUUGGAAGGUGCCAGUGGAACACCUCCCGACGAUGGAGACUUGGGUCGAGCAUUGGUACCCGCAACUUACAUCAGAUGAGGAAUCGUUGCUUGAGAGACAAGAGCUCUUGGCGCGACUUCAGGGCCUUUUCGAUACCCAAUUCCCUGACGCCGGACUGCAGCUCCGACCUUUCGGAUCGUAUGUUACGGGAUUGGGAAACAAGUAUAGUGACAUUGACAUUUGCAUCUUUGUCGAGCCUGAGCGCUUCGACCCUUACGCACCUCACUCGGAUGUUCGUCACUUGGCUUGGUUCCUGGAGACUCAGCAGAUGGAGAACGUCAUUGCGAUCAUAGACGCAAAGGUCCCCAUUGUCAAGUUUGUCGAUCCUGUCACCGGAAUUCAUUGCGAUAUGAAUGUCCAGCACCCGCUUGGAAUCUACAAUUCAGCAUUGAUCAAGGCCUACAUGGAUAUUGAUGCCCGUUUGGAGAAGUUCUUGUUCAUUCUCAAGUACUUUGCCAAGGUCCACGGUAUUCUCGAUGGAUCGUCUGGAUUCCUGUGCUCGUACGCCUACAUUCUGAUGGCGAUUGUAUUCUUCCAGGAACAGGCAGAGCCCAUCCUGCCGAGACUCCAGGUCAAGACGGAGAAACCCAAGCCGUUCACAGAGAAGGGCAAGUCUCGGCGCAAGGUGAAAACGUUCGGGCAGUGUUUUCAGGAUGGUACUAUCCAGCCGGUGUAUGUGAACCAGGACGGCAAGAUGUUUGACUGCACGUUUGACACACGCAUCGAUCUCUACAAGGGGUUCGGCAGUCUGAACAAGAAGUCUGUCUCGCGACUGCUCUUUGAGUUCUUCGAGUACUUUUCGCGCAAGUUUGACUAUCGCACGAUGGAGGUCUCGCCGCAGUACGGACGGAUGCAGGAGCGACAUGUGAUCUCGAAGGAGAAGCGGCAGCUUGUGGCGGCGAACAAGUUGUUGGCUAAUGGAGCGCACAGUAACAACAUGGGUCUCUUGCCGGCAAACGGGAACUACAAUGCUGGACCUAUGACCAGGAACGGAUACUCUUAUGACACCAAGAGGCAACUUUGGGUGGGCCCGGCCGACAUUGCUUACUUCUUCGAACUGGAGACCAACGGAAUUGUUGCGAAUGGUGCGAAGAAUGGGGCCGGCGUAGGAUCACCUGGACUCGGAUCGCAAGGCGGGGGUGUGCCUCCCUCUCCUGCACUAUCGACGACGAGCACACUGUCGACAACCAGCGCCUCUUCGACCUCGUCGACUAAAUCGAACGCCCGUUCGAACCAAGCCUUCUUCUGCGUCAUGGAUCCAUUCAUCUAUAAUCGCAAUGUGGGAGGAACUUGCCGCGGAGAGAAGCUGGAAAAGGCAUGGCGCUGCUUUGAUUACGGAUACCGAUCGUUUGCUCUGGGCGAGUUUGCGAAUGCGUUUGAGCCGCAGGAGUUCGAAAUGGAUCCACCAUCGCAGCAACAGCAACAACAACAGGACUCUUUGUAA